AUGAGGGCUCUGGUGUGGAACUGUCGAGGUGUGGGGAGCCCCUUGACAGUUCCCCAGUUGAGGGAGGUCGUGAGACUCCACUCUCCAUCUCUGGUUUUCCUGUCAGAAACAAAAAAGAAAAAAAGCUUUCUCAACAGUGUUAAGCAAUGGAUAAAGUUCGACAAUGUCUUUGUUGUUGAUCCAGUAGGAUUGGCUGGGGGGUUGGCAGUUCUAUGGAAUAAGGAGCUGAAGGUGAAGAAGGUGUUGUUUACCAGCUUUACUAUAGAGCUGUUAAUAGAUGACAGUGAGCUAGGUGCUGAGUGGUGGUGUAUCUGUACUUAUGCAAGUGCAGAUGCUAGAGUUAGGAAAGGACAGUGGGAGGUGUUGGCUAGAAGGAGGUGCAUUUGGGGGGAGUCCUGGGCAAUUAUGGGGGAUUUGAAUGACAUCAAAUCGAAUGAUGAAAAAUGGGGAGGUAGACAGAGAGCUGAUGUGAGCUUUAAAGAUUUUAACUCCUUUAUUAAUGAUAAUGAAUUGGUUGAUAUUGGAUUCGAAGGUGUUCCUUGGACUUGGUGCAACAACUGGAACAGUGAGGGGGAGGUAAAGGAAAGGAUUGACAGGAUUCUGGGAAGUAAAGGGUGGACAAGAAGUUUUGAAAAGGCUAAUUGUAAACACAUUGAAACUGAGGCUUCUGACCACUGCAUUCUGAUGUUGGAUACUAAGCCAGAAAGGAGGAAAUGGAAGAAGAGGUUCAUGUUUGACAGAAGGUGGUUGCAACAUAAAGAUGUUGAGGAGGUUGUUGGGGGUGCUUGGGAAAGGCAACAAAGGGGAUCAAGAAUGUAUGUGGCUCAAUUAAAAAUCAAAAAGGUCAGAAUGGAUUUGUUGAGUUGGAGUAAGCAGUGCUGCUGGAACUCAAAGAGCUUGAUUAAUAAGGUGAAGCAAGAGUUAAAAGAGGUAAAGGAAAUUAAAGGAGAGGGUUACAGAAUCAAAUUAGCUAGUUUGAAAAGGAAAUUGGCUGAGGCUUAUAAGUUGGAGGAGGUAUACUGGAGCCAAAAGGCUAGGGUGAAGUGGUUGCAGGAAGGGGACAAAAAUACUAACUAUUUUCAUGCUCAGGUGGCAGGAAGGAGGAGGAUGAAUAGAAUUAGUAUGCUCAAAAAUAAGAGAGGAGAUUGGUGCAGGGAUGAGGAGGAAACAUGCCAGGAGAUAAUAGAUUAUUUCCAGCAAAUUUACACAACAGAGGAACCUGGGGAGUUAUCUGAGAUUUUAGAGGGGAUUCCACAGACCAUCACAGGGGAGAUGAACAGGGAGCUUACUAGGAAGGUUACAGAGCAAGAGAUCAGUCAAGCAGUGUUUUCGAUGCACCCUAAUAAGUCUCCUGGACCAGAUG